CCUUGCAGGCUUGGCCCCGGGCUCUGCCUCCAGCCAAAGCAUGAAUGGCCCCGAGGUGGCCUCCCCGGCUCUGAUGGCCAAUGCGUCCCUGGCCGCCACGGAGAGGUGCGGCCAGGAGACGCCACUGGAGAACAUGCUGUUCGCCUCCUUCUACCUCCUGGAUUUCAUCCUGGCUUUUGUUGGCAACGCCCUGGCCCUGUGGCUUUUCGUCCGGGACCACAAGUCAGGCACCCCGGCCAACGUGUUCCUGAUGCACCUGGCCGUGGCCGACUUGUCCUGCGUGCUGGUCCUGCCCACCCGCCUGGUCUACCACUUCUCUGGGAACCACUGGCCGUUCGGCGAGAUCCCGUGCCGGCUCACUGGCUUCCUUUUCUACCUCAACAUGUACGCCAGCAUCUACUUCCUCACCUGCAUCAGCGCCGACCGCUUCCUGGCCAUCGUGCACCCGGUCAAGUCCCUCAAGCUCCGCAGGCCCCUCUACGCCCACCUGGCCUGCGCCUUCCUGUGGGUGGUGGUGGCCGUGGCCAUGGCCCCGCUGCUGGUGAGCCCGCAGACCGUGCAGACCAACCACACGGUCGUCUGCCUGCAGCUGUACCGCGAGAAGGCCUCCCACCAUGCCCUGGUGUCCCUGGCCGUGGCCUUCACCUUCCCGUUUGUCACCACGGUCACCUGCUACCUGCUCAUCAUCCGCAGCCUGCGGCAGGGCCCCCGUGUGGAGCAGCGCCUCAAGAACAAGGCUGUGCGCAUGAUCGCCAUGGUGCUGGCCAUCUUCCUGGUCUGCUUCGUGCCCUACCACGUCAACCGCUCCGUCUACGUGCUGCACUACCGCAGUGGUGGCGCCUCCUGUGCGGCGCAGCGCGCCCUGGCCCUGGGAAACCGCAUCACCUCCUGCCUCACCAGCCUCAACGGCGCCCUCGACCCCGUCAUGUACUUCUUCGUGGCUGAGAAGUUCCGCCACGCCCUGUGCAACCUGCUCUGCGGGAAGAGGCUCACAGGCCCACCCCCCAGCUUCGAAGGGAAAACCAACGAGAGCUCGCUGAGUGCCAGGUCGGAGCUGUGAGCCCCGGUGCCACCCGGGCCAGCCACAGACUGGCUCCCCCAGGCUACUCGAGAGAAGCCCGCCAUCUCCCAGCCACCUCCUGAGUAAAUAGCCUGAAACCUCAGCAGGUCCCUACCUGUCCCUCCGAGGCCUGAGCCCCUAGGUCACCCAGCUGUGCUCAGUCUUAACCCCUAAAAAAGGAGAACCAAAAGUAGGGAUCGCCCAGCCACCCCCUGCAGGGACAGCCUUGGCUUACUGCUUCCUACGGCUCCUAGACAUUCAGUGACUUCACCCGAGGUCAGGCGGCGGGGGAAGGGGACCAGGGGAACAAUUCCUUCACAAUGAGGGUCUUUCUUCCCUGCUAGUCUCCUUCCCACUACAGAAAUGCACAGCUUUGAGCCGCUUCCCUCGCCAGCACGCAUGUGUCGCCCUGACUUGGCCUUUUUUGUACUUGUUUGUACAAAUCAUAAACACAACCGUAGCUUUAGGACUACAAAGGUUACCGUGUUUGGCCUAC